CCCCAUUGCUUGUUAACACUCUCACACCACUAAAAUCCUUCUCCGUGUAUGAUAAAUCAUUACUGGGCGAUUUCAUUCGGCAUUCCUUCCCAACUUGUUACAGAAUGUAUCGAACUUCUACUCCUAGACGAAGAAUCAUCAUCGCCAUCACGGGGGCUACUGGCGCCCAGAUUGGGAUUCAAGUCCUCCAAACCCUUAGAAAGCUUCAUGUUGAGACGCACCUGAUAAUCAGCAAGUGGGCUGCCGAAACCAUCAGGUAUGAGACAGAUUACUCACCUGCUGCUGUGCGCGCCCUUGCAGAUCACGUAUAUAACUCACAUGAUCUUUCUGCUCCAAUUGCGAGCGGUUCCUAUCAAACCGAUGGCAUGAUCAUAGUGCCUUGCUCAGUCAAGACUUUAGCAGCAAUCAACUCAGGCAUUUGUGACGACCUUAUUACAAGGGCGGCAGAUGUCUGUCUCAAAGAGCGCAGACGGCUUAUUCUAUCAGUCCGAGAAACACCACUGAGUGACAUACACCUCAGAAACAUGCUGGAUGUCAGUAGGGCUGGGGCAAUUAUUGCACCACCAAUGGUGGGGCUUUACUCGAGGCCAGGUUCUAUCGAAGAUAUAUUAAACCACAUUGUUGGAAGAAUGAUUGAUCUCUUGGGGCUGGACUCUGGGAACUUUGAAAGAUGGGAAGGGAUGCAGAAGACUCUCCCAUGACGAUUUUAGCUAACGAAGUUGAAACAUCUUACUCUCAUAUUUGCGGGUAAUCUGGAGCAACCUACUACUGAAAAUACUAAUGAAGCCCGAUUGAUCUUGACAAGAGCAGGAUCUAUUGUAGAGUCUCGUUCUUGCUGUUAACUUUUGUCAACACCUG